AUGCUAAAAAGAAAGUGUGAUAAAUCCGUUAAAAAGAAACAGAAGUUUUCCAUAACCAAAGAAAAUCAUCAGCAAAAGAGGAAAUUAUUUUUGUAUUCACCAACACAGGUACGAGAAGCUUUACUUGCUAUUCAGAAUGGUACACCAGUCUCGACAGCAAGUAAAAUUUAUCAAGUACCAAGAACAACUUUGCGACAUACAAUUCGAGGUGAAGCACCAGUGACCACUGGACAUGUAGGUCGUGAAUCAGUAUUAGGUUCUCGUGUAGAAGCUAUUUUGGUGGAUUGGCUGUUGGAAACAUGUCGAAUGGGAUUCCCUAUCACAAAAGAUGUUUUAUUGAAUUCAGUUAAAAAAUUUGUUGAAACCGAUAAUUUAGAAACUCCAUUUACAAAUAACACGCCAGGAUGUAAAUGGUUUGAGAACUUUAUGAAACGACACCCUGCUUUAUCUAUGAAGAAAGCUGAAUACUUAAGUAAGACAAGAGCAGCUGUUACUGAACAAUAUAUUCGUAAUUGGUUUUCUGAAGUACAGAUUUUACUAAAGGAUAAUUCAGACGUUCUUGAAGACCCGCAAAGAGUAUUCAACAUGGAUGAGACAGCAGUGUAUUUAGCUCCUAAAGGAGGAUUAGUUAUUGCAGAGAAGGGAAAACCAACGUAUGAUGUUUUUACUAGCAGUGAUAAAGAAAAUAUUACUACGCUCUUUACUGUGAAUGCUGCAGGAGAAAUAGCACCACCUCUAACAGUUUUUAAGUACGAACGCUUGCCUCAAGCUUGUUUAGCCAAAGCUCCACCUGGUUGGGGCAUCGGUAAAAGUGAAAAUGGAUGGAUGACAUAUAUAGCGUUCUACGAGUAUUUUGAAAAUGUUUUUAAUAAAUAUUUACAAGAUGAGAACAUAAAAAAACCAGUUAUUGUGUUCCUAGAUGGACACAUAUCACAUAUGUCAUACUGCUUAAGUUCUUUUUGUAAACAGCAACAAAUUAUAUUAUGCUGUCUCCCUCCAAAUGCUACACAUAUUUUACAACUUCUAGCAGUAUUUGCUCCAUUAAAAAAGCAUUGGCAAAAGUUUGUGAAAACUUAG